AUGGCAUCCUCGCAUCCAAACACCAAUAAUUCUCCACUAACAAAAACAACCUCGAACCGCCUCCCCGCCCCAUCCCUCUUCGUUGGACCCCCCUCGCGCAAUGCGUCGAAUACUUCUCUUCUCCCAACAACCACCAACACAACGACCCCCCGCAUCCCACUAAUCCGCCAACGCUCCCUCCUCGACCCAAAACGACCCACACCCACCUCCAACCCGCACGAUCCCACCGCCUCUUCCGCCAAUCACGCGCAGGCGGCCGCCGCGGAAGCGCAGUCCGCCGAGCGCACCGACGCCAUCUGGGCCGAGAUGCAGAACACGCUCGAGGAAGUGGAGCUGAGCGCGGAAGGGCCGCACGGGGCCGACGGCGGCGUCUUCGGCGUGCGGCACGAGCGGGCGCUGGCCGGGCUCCGCGAAGCGCAGAUCGCACUGGCGGAGGCGUGGGGCCGCAGCGAGGGGGAGGUGGAGGUGGAGGGGGAGAGCACGAAGGAGGAGGACGGGCGGCAGGCGGGCGAGGAGCAGGUGCUGGCGGAUGUGAAGGGGCGGAUGGCGCCGGCGGAGAGGGUUGGGGAGAGCGGGAAGAGCGCGCUGGAGGAGGAGACGAUGAGGGAUGUGGAGGCGAGUCGGCGGCGGCGGGAGGCGAAUGAGCGGUAUUUUCGGAGGGUGAAUGCCGGGGUGUUGGAAGUGGUGGAGAAGUUGGAGGUUGUGGCAAGGAUGAUGAAGGGGGUAGAAUUGGAGAGUAAGGAGAUUUGGAGGGAUACGGAGAGUGUGGAGACGGGGAGUACGGUUUCGUGAAGGCUGGAUAUCUUCUCAUUACGGGAGCAGGAAACAGCAUCAUUAUUUGGGUUCACAGGCUUUCUCGAAGGCGUCUAGGUGUCUGACCCAGGAGAUAGCAUUCGGAGUUGUCAGGAGAUCAAGAUACCCCUAGAGUGCUUCAAUGCUCUAAUGUACAAUUCAUUCUACGACACCAAUUUUCGCAAGCUCCAGAAAAGCCUUCAUCCCAUAAUGAUUUCAGCCGUUGUCUAUCGCUGCGUUGCGAACAGGCCCCUGAUUCAUUCUCUACUCCCUACGAGCAAUCCCCAUGCACAGCAGCUCGCUGAACUUCUCACCGCUACGUCAAAUCACACAAAGCCCUACUAAUGCACGUGACAAUCGGUCUCCGACUAAGUAUAAAAGAUUCGUAUUCUACCACCAAUUUCAAGAACCAAAGGUGGGAGUAGA